AUGGAAGACAUCGGAGGAGCGAAGAACUUUUCCCGAACCCCAACUUCGUGGGAUGCGGAGGAUGAUAUUCUUUUAAUGCAUUUGAAAGACCAACAGAAGCUUGGUUGGAAAGAGAUUGCGAGCCAUUUCGUCAAUAGAACGCCCAACGCGUGCCAAUUUCGAUGGCGGCGGUUGAAGCUGGGUAAUUUAAAGAAUCCACCUAAAUCAAUAGCCAACAAUACCGCCGGUACCGCUAGUACGGGUACGUCCGGUUCCCCAAAGGUGACUAAGGCUGAAGGAGGUGGAGAAUCUCCACCCAAGAAGAAGAGACAACAACAACUGGUGCAACUGCUGGAGUCUACUCCUGGGAGGAAUGGUCCAUUCGCACUUUCUACUGGGCUCACUUUCACUGGAUAUGAUAACAAUGUCAGUAGCGCGUUAGCAGGCCUCAACGCUUUACUGAACACCCCGUCUAACUUAUCGACUCCUGGUGGGACUUAUAACCCUUCAACUCCACACGUCACACAGGCUACUACUCCUGGUGGUAGUGGGGUUGGUGGUUAUGACUCGCCGGAAUCUCUUGACCCUCCACAACCUCCACAAGGGGUUCCUACUGCUGGAGGAGGCUAUUAUGCCGAUAUCUCGAUUGAUCCCACGAUGAACUUGCCGCAUAAUCAGCCACAUCCUCAUGCUCAUCAUCUGAACCGAAGGAGAUCAACCAUUGGGUCUAGUAACUCUUCUAGUACUUCAAGUGGUAGCAAUCAUGAUGGUGUAAAUGGGUCAGGAGGGGGACACGGUGGCACACACAGAUCUGGGAGUGUCGGUGCGAAUUCCGGUGUUGGUGUAGGUGGGGGACACGGAGGAGUUAGUGGAGGAAAUGGUAAUAGUGUUGGAGGAAUUUCUGGUCCACUUCAACAUCAUCUUCAUCAUAAUUCCAUCAUUCAAAUUGUAAAAGAUGAUCGUACUUCAAUUUCGUCUUCAACAAGAGCUUCCGUUUCAUCACUUCCUUCAAAAUCGAUGAAUAUCCCACAUCAUCAACUGAACAAUAAUGCUCUUGCACACCUCCCAGUACUUUUUGGUGGUGGUGGUGGGAGUAUAUCUGGUCCUUCCCCCAAUCCAAGUAUAAGUGGACCACCAGGAAUUGCCAGUCACCUGAACCCAAUAAGUUCUUUACGUAAUGGGAGUGUCGUAGGACUUGGUGGAAGUAUAAGUGGCCCUGCUGGCGGCGGUCGUAGUGGCAGUACAUCUGGUUACUAUUCACGUUCAGGAUCCGUGGUUAUACCAUAUAAUGGGGAGAAGAAAGUUGAAGAAUAUAAGCUUGAGAAACCAACCGCAUCAAACUCAAACAAUUCAACCAAUUCCUCGUCAACAACAAAAUAUUCGACCCCCAAAAAGGGUACCAAGGCUACCAAAUCUAAUGGUACAGUAUUUAAAAUCCCAUGGUCCAUGGAAGAAGAUGAAUUAUUAAUUAAUAGAAGAAAUAGAGAGUUAUCAUUUGCUGAGCUCUCUAUUCUUCUUCCUCAACGUACAGAGGGUGAGAUCUGGUCAAGAAUUGACCAUUUGGAAAAGCUUCGUAACGGUCACAGAGCAUCAAGAGAUAAUAGAAGACAAUCCCUGAUCGGUUUGGACGAUGUUGAUGAUUUCUAUGAUGUUGAAGAUGUGAUGAUUGAUAGCGAUGAAGAAGAGGACGAUGACGAUGUUCUCUUGGACGUAGAUGAUUCAUUAGGAGGUGUAAGGAGGAAAAAGAGACGUGCUAGUUCAGCGGUAAAUCCAUUAUCAAUGGAAAGACGAAGGCUAAGAUAG